GAUGGAUCUGCUGUUGAAGUAGAAACUUUGGAGCGCAAUCUAGGGAAAAAAGUUCAGAGGCUUGCGGUUUUCUAAGCUAUGCAUUUCCAGGAGUGGUUACGGUCACUUCGCUCCAGCGCAGGACUGAAAGGGUCUGAAACAGAGGACUUCUGGAGUCUUCUGCCAUCUCUGCCUCUGUCCUCCUUCUCCCUGUCCUCCCUGUCUCUGUCGCCCUCCUCUCUGCUGGGUUUAGGAGCCCUGGCCUCCCUCACUGCGUACUGGCUGGUGACCCGUCCUCGACCCAUGCGUCCUCCCUGUGAUCUGCAAGCCCAGUCUGUAGCUGUAAACGGAGAACCCAGCUGCAGGCGGUCGGCUCUUCUUAAAGAUGACUCCCUGUUGGAGUUUUACUAUGACGACACCAGGACGGCCUACGACAUGUUCCAGAGAGGCCUGAAGAUUUCAGGAAGUGGCCCGUGCCUUGGUUUCAGGAAGCCAGGCCAGCCCUACCAGUGGAUCUCCUACACAGAGGUGGCUGAGCGGGCGCAAGUGCUGGGCUCUGGGCUGCUGGCUAAAGGCUGCCAGCCGAACCCGCAGCAGUUUGUUGGGAUAUUUGCACAAAACAGACCGGAGUGGAUCAUCUCAGAGCUGGCCUGCUAUACUUACUCCAUGGCGGUGGUGCCUCUGUAUGACACACUGGGGCUGGAAGCCAUGGUCCACAUACUCAAUCUGGCGGAGAUCUCUCUGGUGAUCUGUGACCGGGAGGAGAAGGCAGCGUCUCUGUUAGAGAACAAGGAGAAAGGGGUGACUCCGAAGCUCUCCUGCCUGGUUCUCUUCAACGAAUUCAGUGAAGCCUUUGUGGAGAGGGCGAAGACCUGUGAGGUGGAGGUUUUGAAACUGGAGCAGCUCAUGGACCUGGGAAGGCAGAACCUCAAAGAUCCUGUGCCGCCCCAGCCCCAGGAUCUGGCCGUGGUUUGCUUCACCAGUGGAACCACAGGGAAGCCCAAGGGAGCCAUGAUCACCCACGGCAACAUCGCCUCCAACACUUCCUCUGUCAUUAAGAUCCUGGAGGGUUCGUUUGUGAUCCAGCAAGAGGACGUGUCGAUCUCGUACCUGCCGCUUGCCCACAUGUUUGAGAGGAUGAUUCAGGUCUCUAUGUUCUGCCACGGGGCCAGAGUAGGAUUCUACCAAGGGGACAUUUCUCUUCUAAUGGAUGACAUUAAAACUCUCAAACCGACCUUCUUUCCUGUUGUGCCUCGAUUACUCAACCGCAUUUACGACAAGAUCCUGGGCUCUGUGACCUCUCCGUUGCGACGGGCUUUGCUUCACUACGCUGUGAGGAGAAAGCAGGCGGAGCUCAGUAGCGGGGUUGUACGCAACAACAGUCUGUGGGACAAACUGGUCUUCAACAGGAUUCAGGCCAGUUUAGGAGGUAAUCUACGGUUUGCCCUGACCGCUUCAGCGCCCAUCUCCCCUGCAGUGCUGUCCUUCCUCAGAGCCACUCUGGGCUGUCUGAUAUUUGAGGGCUACGGUCAGACAGAGUGCACUGCAGGCUGCACUUUCUCUAUGCCGGGAGACUGGAGCGCAGGUCAUGUUGGUGCUCCUUUACCCUGUGCCAUGGUGAAAGUGGUUGACAUCCCUGACAUGAACUACUAUGCUAAGAAUGGAGAGGGAGAGAUCUGCAUCCGUGGCCCCAGCGUGUUCAGAGGCUACCUGAAGGACCCAGAUAGGACGGCUGAGGCCUUGGACAACGACGGCUGGCUGCACAGUGGGGACGUGGGCCAGUGGCUUCCAAAUGGGACACUGCGCAUCAUUGACAGAAAGAAACACAUCUUCAAGUUGUCCCAGGGAGAGUACAUCGCUCCAGAGAAGAUAGAAAAUGUCUACAUGCGAUGUGUACCUGUGCUCCAGGUGUUCGUGCAUGGAGAUAGUUUACAGUCUCAUCUCAUAGGCAUAGUUGUGCCCGACCCCGAGGUGUUUGUUGACUGGGCUAAAGAGCGGGGAUUUGUGGGGUCCUAUGAGGAGCUGUGCCAGAAUCCAGAUUUAAAGAAUGCAGUAUUAGAGGACAUGAAAGCCGUGGGGAAGGAAGCAGGGCUGAAGUCCUUCGAACAAGUGAAGGACCUGUACUUGCACCCAGAGACGUUCAGCGUCGCCAACGGCCUUCUCACACCCACCCUGAAAAGUAGACGUGCUGACAUCCGCAGAGUCUUUCAGGAACAGAUAUCAAGCAUGUACAGCAAAACGCCCAUUUAAAAGACUCUACUCAGUAAUUCACACAUCACACCCAAGGGUUACUGUGUCCAAUAAGGGAAAAAAAAAUGGGAGCGGGACCCUGGGGGGGCGAAGAAAUUAGAAUCUUAAACAUCCAGCAGUGCCUCAUCUAAAAUAUAUGAAUGGAUAUAUUUUGGAAUAUUGGUAUUUUGCUUCAAAGAAGUUUUCAUUCACAUCCACCGGUGUCCAGCUCUUGCACAUACGUAAUGUAUUAACUCUUCACAUGAAAAUAACACAGAAUGGGACCAAACCAUUUUCACUUUUGUUCCAGUCUCACUGUUGUCCUUGUCACUAAUACAGCAUUGUGAUUCAGUGGGAGAUUUUACUGUUACGUAAAUUAUUGUGUAGUAGUAGGGAGGAGAAUCACUGAAGUUAUUAGGAAGCAACCUUCACAGUCAAUAAAUUAGAUGUUGUAUUUACGCUGCCCUGUCCUUUUCCCAUGCAAGGAUUUUUAAAGGGACACUGUACUUGACUUGUGAGGCUGAUAGAAGUUGCAUUAAUUGUAGGUUUGUAAUUUAAGGCUGAUGGGUUGCCAUGAUGCAAGCUUUUCAUGAACAUCCUUGAUCUUAGUUCAAAUGGUCAUGCAUUUUUCUAAUUGGUUCUGGACAUAAUCCUUCACCUGAACUAAUGAGGGUUUCAACCAGCAAUGAUUUGUAAAAAAAAAAAAAUUACUGUUCUGUAAAUACUGCUUAUAUUGAUAUCUGUUGA